AUGUAUGAAAAUGGUGAAUUCAAUAUUUUAACAUCAAGUCAAAACCCAUCCUUCUCACCUCUCGCAGAAGAAUGGCUUCAACAAUUGAAAGAUACAAUGACAAAGAGAAAUGGUUAUAUUUUAUGUUUAAAGAAACCAUUGUAUGACAUUGCAGACAUGAAUGAAAUGUAUUCACCAUUGAGAGAUUUAAAUUCAUUGCAAUUGAGUGACGAAGGAAAAUUAUGUUUAUUGAUUCAAACCAUUCAACAUGGAAAGAAUUCAGAGAGAAGAGAAGCCAUUGAAAAACUAGAUUAUGUGUCACCUUUCUCUCAACAUGAAUGUAAGGAAAAGAUCAAGUCUUGGAUUCUGUCAACUGUCAAAUCUAUGAGAGAAUCAUUAAUUUCACAAUACUAUUUGGAAUUACAACAAGGAAGUGCCAGCAAAUUAGGUGUACUCUUUCACCAAACCGAAGACAUGUACGAAGCUGCUGGCAUUGUAUUAGGUCAAUAUCGAGGAAGAAUGGAAUUUGCCAAAUUCAUUCAAGCUUUAGAAAAACCAAAUUGCCCACUCGUUAAGGAAAAGUUGAAAUUGUUACUCAUGAAUGGAGAAUUUCAGGGAAUUACCUUAUUCCGUGAUGCCGAUGUCUCGAUCAAUGCUCAAUGGAAACCAGGAAAGAGAACUAAGGCAAAAAUUUGGAGAGCGAAUUUUGACGUGUUGGGUGUCGAGGAAGGUGUGGAAUUGUUUGGAGAAGAGGAAAGAAGUCAUUUUGAAAAGUUGGUAGUGACGUUGAAAGUGGAACGAGAACGAGGUAUUAAUGUUAUCAUUUAA